GGGAGCCGCUCAACAAGGCGAACAGCAGCUCUCUGCGAAAACCACUUUUACCGACCUGCAUCGACCAGGGGUCAUCUUUUCUGUCACGUAAAUGUUCCUAUGGAUUUCUAAUACACUUUUGUCGAAAAGUAGAAGACUUUCUCAACUUGACACCAUAGUCUGGGGUUCAUUAUACGGGUCUCCUGGAGGACUCAUAGAGAGAUGAAGACUCUGGACGAGCCCCCCUACUUGACAGUAGGGACAGAUGUGAGUGCCAAGUACAGAGGGGCUUUUUGUGAGGCCAAGAUUAAGACCGCCAAGAGACUUGUCAAGGCCAAGGUGACCUUUAAGUCCGAUCUGUCCACAGCCGAGGUCCAUGAUGAAAACAUCAAAGGACCUCUAAAGGUGGGUGUUGUUGUGGAGGUAAAAAAUCAGGAUGGAAUUUACCAGGAGGCCACUAUAAACAAGUUGACUGAUGGAAGUAUAUAUACAGUUGUCUUUGACGACGGCGAUGAGAAGACCCUGAGGCGCUCUUCUCUCUGCCUGAAAGGAGCACGUCACUUUGCAGAGAGCGAGACGCUCGACAGACUCCCUCUGACCAACCCCGAGCAUUUCGGCACACCUGUCAUUGGCAAGAAAGGCAACCGCGGCAGGCGAUCCAACCCAAUUCAAGAGGAGGAGUCGUCCUCCUCCUCCAGCGAGGAAGAGGAGGGCGAUCAGCGGCAGAAUGAAGAUCUGUUUGGCAAAGUCGUCUCCGUGGAGGGGGUCGCCACCAGCGACAAGAGGAAGACAACGUGGUAUCCUGCUCUGGUCAUCUCACCGGACUGCCAUGAAGAUGUAACUGUGAAGAAGGACAACAUCUUGGUCCGAUCUUUCAAAGAUGGAAAAUUUUACAUGGUGCUCCGGAAGGACGUCCACGAGGUGCACAGUGACUGUCCUCCUAAAGCAGAUGCCGGGCUCAAACCAGCGCUGGAUGCAGCCCUUGAGUUCCAGCAGAAGCUGCUAAUACCCGGCACAUGGAAGACGGAGGUGAAAGAGGAGAGUUCCAGCAGCGAGGAGGAUGAUGACGAUGAGGAAGAGGACCAAGAAGAAGAUGCCAGCAGAGAAGAGGAGGAGGAGGAGGUGGAACCGUUCCCGGAGGAGAGGGAGAACUUUCUGCAGCAGCUCUACAAGUUCAUGGAGGACAGGGGAACGCCCAUCAACAAGCGGCCCGUUCUCGGCUACAGGAACCUGAACCUGUUCAAGCUGUACAGGCUGGUACACAAACUAAGAGGCUUCGACAAUAUUGAAAGUGGCUCAGUUUGGAAGCAAGUCUAUCAGGACCUGGGCAUCCCUGUGCUCAACUCAGCGGCCGGCUACAACGUCAAGUGUGCUUACCGCAAGUAUUUGUAUGGAUUUGAGGAAUACUGCACGUCCACAGCCAUCACCUUCAGGAUGGACCUGCCCCUGAAGCAGGGUCCCAAGAGAGAAGUGAAAUCUGAAGAGGAGGCAGGAGGGGCAAAUCCUCCGUCAUCCAGCUCAGAAGAGCAGAAAGCCCAGAUGGAUGGAGAACCUUGCUGUGCACAUCCUGUAGUGUGCAAGGAUGAGAAACCUGAGUUGACCCGGAAUAAGAUGGAAUCGGAGCCCUCAAGAACGGAGCGAAGCGACGGCGGGAACAGUGAAGAUGACGAAGAGGACGGUCCCCUCAGGGGAGAUGCAGACGAGGGCUCGUCCACCUCUCGCCUCGGGGGCGACGACAUGAAGCCGGAGCAUGAUGACGAGCAGGAGAGCAAGGACAACUCGGGGGAUGACAGCAGUCAGGAGGGGGAGGAAGGGGAGGAGUUUGAGUGUUACCCCCCGGGGAUGAAGGUGCAGGUGAGGUAUGGGCGAGGCCGCAAUCUGAAGACGUACGAGGCCACUGUGAAAGAGGCAGACGUGGAGGGGGGAGAGGUGCUCUACCUGGUGCACUACUGUGGCUGGAACGUCAGAUAUGAUGAAUGGAUCAAAGCAGACAAGAUUGUGCGCCCCGCCAAUAAGAAUGUACCAAAAAUAAAGCACCGCAAAAAAAUAAAGAACAAAGCUGAGAGGGAGCGAGACAGGUUGGAGAGGCUCAACGACAGAGACGUCCUCAGCCCCUCGUCCAACUCUAACCGAGUCCCCCGCUCCAAAUGUGGCCUGAGUCAGGACGUCUUCUCCAAGAUGGAUGAUGGUGAGGACAAAGGAGCUCAGCAGUCCCCCGUCAAGGCGAUAGAAAUCACUUCUAUCCUCAAUGGACUGCAAGCCUCGGAGAUGUCCACGGAGGAAAGUGAGCACGAGGAUGACGAGGGGGAGCAUAACGAAGAAGAUCCGCCGGGUUCCUGUGGCAGCCUGAGGAAAGGCACGCUGGAGUCCCCUCAUAUAGCAGAGCGCUGGGAGAGGGACGCCCCCCCCGAGGGGGCCAAACCCCCGUCAGUCUCAGGGAAGAGCCUGGACGCUCUGGGUGCAGAGGGCGCCGAGGCCGGGAAGCGCCGAGGCCAGCCGGAGUCGGAGGGAGAGGUGAACACCAGGAAGAGGAAGUCGGACAGUGCCGUUGAGAGGACCUCCAAGGGUCAGUCCAAAGCUAAGACAAGAAACACCAGGAGCGCCGACUGGUUACCGGGGGGUUCUCCCAGAAAACUGGAGGAGAGAGCCGCCGGUCCCGGAGAGGAAAGGGGCCUCGCCUCGUCCAGCAGCAGCUCGGAUGACGAGAGUCCGGCACUGGCAGAUUCCCAGGCGGGGGAAGUUGAGCGAAACCGGCCAAAGUCCAAGAGCUCGCCUUCCAAGAAGUACAACGGGAUGAAAGAGAAGGCCAAGACUGGCAGACCGUCUGGCUUCUGGGAGAUUCCUGAAAAGAGGAGCAAAGUGUCUGGGAAUGCAGAGGAGAGGGCCGCCGUUCGCCCCAAAGGACAGAAGGACGUGUGGUCCAGCAUCCAAGCCCAGUGGCCAAAGAAAACCCUGAAGGAGUUGUUCUCCGACUCGGACACGGAGGCUGCAAAUUCCCCUCCUCCACCGGUACCCACGUGUCUGGAAGAGCCCGGCGGGGAUCCGGACGCCGGGCCUGAGGAUGAAGUCUCAGAAGAACAGAUGGACAACGAGAAACUUCAGGAGUUUCCCAGCAGCGGCAGCAACUCCGUGCUCAACACCCCGCCGACGACGCCGGAGUCUCCCUCGGGUGGAGGCAGCGCCGUGGAGGACUCCGGUCAAGCACCGCCCGCCUCCCCGCCGCCCCCCGCGCCCCCCGCGCUGCCUUCAGAGCAGGAUUCUGAAACCCUCCCGCCCGGCCCCACGCAGGAGGAGGUGGCGGGCGGACGCAGCGAGACAGACAGCAGCACGGUGGAGGUGGAGAGCCUGGGGGGGGAGCUCCAGGAGCUCCCACAGGACGAAGGGGCAGCUUCUCCCUCAAAGGUGUAUGACGUCAGCCACUCCUGCAACAGCAGCAGCAGCUACAGCCUCGAGCUGAGCAGCGGCAGCCAGCAGGAGAACGAGCAGAAGUCCAAAGCGUCGGUGAGUCAGAAGCGGCAAAAGGAAUCACAGACAGGUGGAGCUUCAAAGAAACACAAGCCAAACCGCAAGAGCCUCGGUGUGCCUCCCAAAAAAAAUAGAAAAACAGCCAACAGCAGUGACAGUGAAGACCAGUCUGUCGUGGAAGGCACUGCCAAGCCGACUGCCUCAAAGAGCAGCCCCUCAGAUCUGAAGGCUGCUGCUUCACCCAAGUGUCACGGGCGAUCCCCCCCCUCCAGCCAUAAGUACCACAAGCAGGGCGACACCGAUCACACCCCCCACAGAGACAACCACGGAAGAUCGCCCCGCGUGUACAAGUGGAGCUUCCAGAUGUCCGAUCUGGAGAAGAUGAACGGUCUGGAGAGGAUUUCGUUUCUUCAGGAGAAGCUGCAAGACAUCAGGAACCACUACCUCUCCCUAAAGUCUGAGGUGGCCUCUAUCGACAGGCGACGAAAACGCAUGAAAAAGAAGGAACGGGAGAACGCAGUGGCUGCUUCCUCCUCCUCCUCCUCGUCAUCACCGUCCUCCAGCUCGUUGACGGCGGCCGUCAUGCUGACCCUCGCCGACCCUCCGGUAUCAUCCUCGUCCUCCUCGUCUCAGAACUCUGGGGUGUCAGUCGAAUGCAGGUGACAGAGCGAACCAACAAGGAGCCAUCGCACUAAGCACUUAACCAGCAACCUGGGGUCACCGCCCCCAUUUCCUGUCGACGGGACGGACGAGGCAACCCGCAGACUGUAACUACUGGGGCACAAAAACCAGACCAGAGACGGCAAGAAAAAGAAGCAAAAGAAAAGAAAAAAAAGCACUAUUUUCUACUGACAACUGUUUUCUUGGCAAGCUAACGGCACUUAAGUGCACUUUUAUGGAGAUUGUGUACGGAGAUGAAAUUUUAUCAAAACAAACGAGAAAAAAAAUAUCCAGAUUUGUCUUUUGCUCUCUUCUUAUUAGAACAUUUCCAAGAAUUGUUUUUGCAAGCAAUAAUUGUUUCCAUUUGAUAAAGUUGUAUGGGAUAAUUUCCUGAGCAGACCCCCUCCCCCCCCCGGGAUCGGCUCUCAUCGCUCGACGCGGCCCGGUCCGCGUCACUGGAGGACCUCAGAGGAACACUGCCACAUUGGCAUUAAGGGCAUACAAUAGGUCGAUUUGCCACGUUUCUCUGUCCACACUCAUUCAAAAUAAAAAUAAAAAGUCUGUGUGGGGUUAAACCUAAAGUUGCUGGCAUCACGUGCUCCUGCGCGUGUUUGCAUAUAAGUGGUGGUGGAUUGUUAUCAGUCCUCUCAUAGCCUCAGCGGAUGAAUAUGGAACGAUACUGUAGUGCCUUUUUGUUCUUCCCCCAGGGGCACUUUGAGAAAGGAAAGCACUUUCUUUUUUGUUUUUUUCCUGAUCCUCUUCUUAAAUCAGAGGGUCAGCUGGAAUAAUGUGUCCCUUUAUAAGGACUGAAGAAUGCCGUAUGGGUGAGCAGGCAGUGAAGGGCUACGUCUGACAGAUAAUGAUGGAUGUUUUAAAAAAAGAAAAGAAAACUGAUUUGUAAAAGCAGAACUCCUAUACUGGAUCUCUUGUAAUCUACUACUGAAUACUCAUCCAGCUUGGGUUGUACUGUUGAGUUCAGCAGUAUGAAAUGUGCAAUGAUGGGAGUGAUGAAAGGUUGCAUUACUUCAGUUCAUCAGCCUUUUUGAAAGCCUGUCUGUUUUAUACCACCAUGUUUUCAUCACUCAUUUAAAUCCCCAGUCCAAUCAUCUUCACUGAAGAUGUACGCUCAAGUUAACUGUCAUUAAUUAAGUACUGAUGAACACAUGAAAAAACAAAAAUCUUACAUUUGCAGUGUUUCAAACAGCAUGAUUUCUUUUUAAAUUAACUAUAUUUUUGCUUCAUUUAAUGAAGCAACGCAUAUUCUUUUGGCAUAGUUUCCUGAUUUUACUCACGAUCACAAACUGGUUUGGUUCCGUUUCUUGUACUAAGACCAGAAUAAAAGGUAGAGAUAUUGUAAAUGUGCAUUUAUAUCACAAAGUGGCGUACGUGUAAACGUUUCUGAAGACAUCUCCAGUGUUUCCUUUGUAUAUAGAUCUCCUACUGUAUGAUAACCUGAAGUUACGUUUUGUUCGGCACUUGUAUGUAAUUGUAAUGCUUUUGUUAUACAUUUGUAUAUUGAGAAGUGUUUUGAGUCAAGCUAUUUAAUAUCUUGCACUGUUAAUAACAUGUACUUUUCUGUACAGACAGUUUUAUGGUUUUAACUGUAGUUUGAGUGUAAAUACUGAGGGUUGCAGCAUGUUUGUUUUCCCUUUGUCCUCUUUCUUGAUUUCAGUUUACUCAUGCUCUUUUAUGUCCUCUUUCAUCGAUCUCUGUAUUUUUGUUUUUUUCUAUUUCCCUCUCUCCUUUUUUAAACUUUUCAUGUUUGCUUUAGUUUGUACUCUCCUUUGUUUUUUCUCUAGAGUAUGCUUGUUAGAGGAGAAUGGUGGUUUUGGAUGCAGCUUAACUGUUUUCUACCUUGUACAUGGCCUGAAGCUAAUGCUGUAUGAAACUGUAUAUGGAAAACAGUCUGCGUCAUAGAUUAAGAGUAAGUAAUGGAGCUUAUUGGAUAAAUGGUCAAUAGUAUUUAUUAGGCUCAUCUGAUGAUGGUCAUUGUGUAAUUUAUUGUAAAAAUGUAAGCAAAGCAGAAGCCUCCAUUUGAAAUAAAUGCCAUAGUUU